GGGCAGGUGACAGAGGCAGAGGGGACAUGGCAGCGGGGCACAUGCUGCAGGUGGGGCUCAGCCUGCCCCGCUCCCCUGGGGGGGCGGCCAGCGGCUUUCCCACAGCCGAGGGUGAUGACGUGGGCACCGGGCAAGAGAUGUUGGGUUCAUCUCCAGUCACAGUCGUGAUCACGUCCGAGGCUGACACCUGGGACAUCGACGCCUCCGCUUGUCUGGGCUGCGGGAAGUUUGUGGAUUGGGACAAGAUGCCAGAGCUGGAGCAGCAGGCGAAUAUCCCCCAAGAUAUCCUCAGCAAACCCCCAAAGGAGCUGAAGAAGCUGGCGAGAGAAGGCUACUGGGCAGCCAGCCGCGCUCUUAGAGCUCAGGUGUACCACCACCUCCUCCAGCAGGUCUCCUGCCGCCUCGUCACCCCAGACGCUCUCGUCUACAGAGACGUGGCGAGUCGGCUCUUCGGGAAGCUGAGUGUGAGCUCCCACCCUUUGCCCGAGUUCCUGGAAGGAUGCUCCCUGCCUACAUACUGCCUCAGCCUGGAAGGGGUCACUGCCUUGAAGAAGAUCCUCAUCUGCAUCGGCCACCUUUUCCCUGACAUAACCUACAGCCCCAUCCUCCCCUCGCUGGUGGCUCUGCUGCUGCACUACAGUGAAGAUGAAGCUCAAUGCUUCGAGAACAUCGCCCGCCUCAUUGCCAGCAAUGCCCCCCACACCAGCUACAUUGACCAGUCCUUCCUAGCACACCAGGCCUCCUGCAUGACUUUUGGGGACCUGGCCAACAAGCACUGCCCAGCUGCUCACAAACUCAUAGCCAGCACCUCCGAGAACGUCUUUGAGGUCUACUCCGAAUGGUUAUCGUGGCUCUUUCAGGACCUCCCCUUUAGUUACGCCAUCCGUGUCUUUGAUGUCUACCUGCUGGAGGGGCAGAAGGUUCUCUACCGCAUCGCUCUGGCCUUGCUGAAGCAGUACAGGCUCUCGGUGAGCUCCCCCGAGCUGGAGGGGACCGACAUCAAGGCAGACCUGCAGGCUUUUGCCCAGAACAUUGCUGCGCACGUCACCGUGGACAAACUCCUCGAGAGAGCCUUUGGCAUCCGGCUGUUCUCCCGCAAGGAAAUCUGGCUCCUCCAGAUGGCCAACAGGAAGGCACUAAUGGAGAGGGGCAUCACCAUGGUGCAGGGCAGGCAGUCCUUCCACCUGGCCGUGGACAUGCAGAACUUCAGCUCCAGCAUCGUAACGGCUCAGGAGAUGCGCAUCAUCUGGUCCUGGAUCCCUGAGCGCUUCUCCCUCUUCCCCCCGCUGCUGCUCUUCUCCACGUCCCAGGACGGGUGCAGCCUGCAGAGGUUUUACACAUGCUGUGAAGGCUACGAACCCACGGUGCUGCUCAUAAAAACAACAGAGGGGGAGGUGUGCGGGGCAUUUCUCUCCUCUGACUGGAGUGAAAGGAAGAAGAGCAGUGCGACAUCGGGCUUUUUUGGGACAGGAGAGUGCUUUGUGUUCACUGUGCGCCCCGAGACAGAGCGGUACGAGUGGGUGUUCAUCAAGAAGCCGGAGCUGGCCAAAGCCGUGCCGCGCUCACGCCAGCGCUCACCUUCCCCCUCUCCCGUGUCCCUCCUCGGCUCCUCCCCGGACGGCCACAGCACCAGCUCGAACCGUCUCACCGUGCCCACGCCGCAGAGGAGAGGCCGUCUCUCUCCAUUUCUGGCCAUCAGGCAUUUCCUUCUGCCUUCCAAAACAGCCUCCAUGUUCAUGUCUGGCUCUUGGGAAGGGAUCAUUAUUGGUGGAGGGGGAGGCCAAGCUCUGUCCCUUGACGCCAACCUGCUCUGGGGGCACACAGAGCGCUGCGAGACCUUCGACAACCCGCCGCUCUGCCAGGAGAACUUCAAGGUGCAGCUCUUGGAAGUGUGGGGCUUUCAAAACGCGCAGGUCCCAUAGGGGACAGCCCCUCAAGGGCCACCGGCCCCACCGGCCUGCUGCGGUCACUGCCAGCAGCGCCACGGCCACCUCCGCUCGCCAUCCUCCCCUCCACAGUCAGACGUCGUGGAGGUGCGGAGGAAGGGCAACGACGUGCCGGGAGCGGGACUGUGGGCAUUUCUGGGGACAUUUGAGGUCCUCUCCCACAGUUUAGACCCAGCCCGCUCCACCUGGUCUGUCCCGGUUGGGGAUGCUGAGGGGACGUGAGCCAGGCCAGCGUUUCUCAGCCCUCCCUGGCCGGUUUGUGGCUUGCGGCUCAACAGCAAACCAGCGGUGCUGCAGCACAGCAGACUCCGCAGGGACUUGGAGCCCAGGCAAAAUCCAACGCCAAGGUACAAAGCUCAGCAGAAACACUCUCAGCCCCCGCUUCCCCGUGGUCCCAAGCCCAGCAACACACUUCAGGCCAUACACAGAACUUUGUAGCCUCUGCAGAAUACCAGGAGUCCCCUGGGAUCACUUGCUGAUCACCAUCCAGCACAGGGCGAGAGACUCCUUGUUCGCGGUUCAAAUUGCUCAUGCGCAACUAGCAAAGACCAAUCUGGUAUCCAGACACCUGCACCCAACAAGAACCCCCAACUGUGUCCUUUUGUAUUAAACUGAAGAUCUAUAUUCGCCACAAAGGGCUGAUGUGAGACUGUGAGCAGUGAAUACACACGAGCUUUGACCAACGCCCCGAGUGCCUGGGCCAGCCCAACGGGAGACGUGCCGGUUGAAAACCCAAACAGGAAGGUGCAGGUGCAGCUCGGCCAGCCAAGGCAACCCUCGCAGGACGGUCACUGAUGUACAGACAUCAUUCUGGCUGCGGGAGGAAAAUGUCUCCCAUGUCCAAAUAGACUGUCCACUUGUGGUUUUCUCUUUCAUAUAUUCCGCUGCUCGAGCUAUUCCGAGCAGGAGCUGUCGCUGCCUCAGUGCCAGCUGCCAGCGACUGCAGGAUGAGGGCAGGAGCAGGCGAUGGCAGGAAGACCUGCAAAGGUUAGCCAGGUACGACAAGGAGGUGAGGCACAGCCCUCUGUCCCCCCAUGCCCGGCCUUCACCCACAGAGCUCAAAUGAAAGAACACCAUCCAAUUACUCUUUCCCUUCAACGGAAAAGCUCUGCUAGGGUGUCCGCUGUAUUUCUUUCUUUCCGUGAUCACAGAAUCACAGAAGGGUUUGGCUUGAAGGGACCUUCCCAGCUCAUCCAGUCCAGCCCCUGCCGUGAGCAGGGACAUCUUCACCCAGCUCACAUUGCUCAGAGCCCCUCAUGGAGGUUUCUGCAUAAAUGGAUUUGAUCCCACUAUAUUCAUUCUUAUAGUUUCACCAUUCGAGUGUGGGAACUGAACACAAGAACUAAGAAAAUCCAUCCGUCUGAACGCCACACGGGGCGACUGCUCAGAGCCCCGUCCAGCCUGGCCUGGGAUGUCUCCAUCUUCCACCUCUCUGGGCCCGUGUUCAUGUCCUGGACUUUCAGUCCAGCUGCAGGUUUCCCGCAGGGGUCCCUCUCCCUUCCCAAGAGGCUGUUUCUCUCCACCCCGAGAUGUGCAGGAUGCACCAGAUGCCUGGGAACACAAAGCCCUUCGUUAGCAACCCAGCCUGACCUCCUGUCAGCAGCCUGCAGAGGAUUUCCUUGGAAAUGCCAAGCUGGCCCAGCCUAACAUGUUAAAAUACCAGAGGCCGGGGCUGUACCGCACAGGCUGUGCAUGUCUGUGAUGUGGUGGCAGAGCCUGCGAGUCCCUUUGCAGCUGUACAGGUGCCUGAAAGGAGGGUGGAGGGUGUUGGUCUCUUCUCCAGAGCAGCAAGUGACAGGAUGAGAGGAAACGGCCUCAAGUUGCGCCAGGGGAAGUUUAGAUUGGAUCUUGGGAACAAUUUGUUCCCCAAAGGGCUGUGGGGCAUUGGAACAGGCUGCCCAGGGCAGUGCUGGAGUCACCAUCCCUGGAGGGUUGGACAGAGAGAGAUGAGGUUCUCAGGACAUGGGGCAGUGCCGGGGUGGGUUAUGCUUGGACUCGAUGGUCUUAAGGGUCUUUUCCAACCAAAAUGAUCCUGUGUGGUUCUGUGCACACGUGGUCCUGCGCUACUGGCCAUCAGAGCUGCAUGUUGCACUGGACAUCGGUGCAUCUGCUGCCCGUGAUCUGAGGAGCCUUUGCUGUUGCUGGAAGGGACGCUGCUGUCCUUUAUU